AUGGGCUCCUCGAUCAUCAACAUCCAGCGCGAUAUCAUCCUCAACACCAUCCGCCAUGCUGGCGGCAACGAGUGGAAAGUUUUGGUGGUGGACGAACACAGCCGGAAAUUGAUCAAUGGUGCCGUCAAGGAGGAAGAGGUUCUCAACCUGAAUGUCUCCAAUAUCGAACAAAUUGACCACCGACGAAUGAAGAAUCCGGAUAUGGAUGCGCUAUACAUAUUGUCACCGGAAUCCUGGAUCGUGGAUUGCCUCAUGGCCGACUUUGAGGUCAAACGGUAUCGAAGGGCCUUUUUGGUUUGGACCUCAUUCCUUGAUCCGCAGCAACGCGCUCGGAUUGACCGGUCACAAAUGGCACGCGAUAGCAUCGCCGACUACCGCAUUAUGAACAUCGAUUUCUACCCCCGAGAGUCACACCUGGUCACUUUCCGCGAUCCGUGGAGCUUCCCCGUCCUGUUCCACCCAGGCUGCAACCAUUUGAUCCGACACCAUCUUCAAGGCCUAGCUCAGAAGGUCGUCUCCCUCUGCGCCUCUCUGGGUGAAUACCCUGUGAUCCGCUACUAUCGCCCUCGAUCCCCGACUCACGAAGCUGGUGUCCUAUGCUCGCACCUCGCACGCUUCAUUCAAGAAGAGUUAGAUCAAUUUGCCCAAUUCCAGCGCGACUUUCCGCCUCCGUCAAACCGUCCCCGGGGUGUGCUGCUUGUGGUGGAUCGAUCCAUGGACGUAUAUUCGCCUCUUCUCCACGAGUUCACCUACCAAGCGAUGGUACAUGAUUUGUUGCCCAUCAAAGAAGGCGAUAAGGUUACCUACAAGACGCUGCUCAAUGAGGGCAAGGACACUGAAGAGAUCAAGGAGAUGGAGAUUGGAGAGCAUGACAAAGUCUGGGUGGACUACCGACACAUGCACAUGAAAGAUGUGCUUGGAAAACUCGGAGACGACUUUGCCAAAUUCAGAAAAGCGAACCCGCAGUUUGCUGACGAUAACGACAAAGCGAACGUCAACACCAUCAAGGACAUGUUGGCUGGACUGACAGAGUUCACCGAAGGGAAGGACGCCUAUACACUGCACUUGAACAUGGCCGAGGAGUGCAUGAAAUACUUCCAGAGUCGCAAACUGAUAGAGGUCAGCUCUAUCGAGCAAUCAUUCGCUACUGGCCUCGAUGAAAACUACAAGAAGGCGAAGAACUUGGCAGCGCAGCUCGUACAACUGCUCGAUGAUGAUGCAGUCAUCCCGCCAGAUCGCCUGCGGCUACUCUUGCUGUAUAUCAUUUAUCGUGGGGGUCUUCUAGGCGGCGACAUUCGGAAGCUUAUGGCACAUGCCCAACUUCCGGGCCAAGAUGGGAACGUAAUCUCCAAUCUCGAACUGCUUGGCGUGCGCGUGGAAAAGCCGUUGAAGGAUGAAAAACCUCCCGCUCAGCCAUUGUUCCAACGACGCAUCCCUGCGCCAGAGUCAGAAGAGCUGAGCUUGACUCGGUACGAGCUUGGGCUGAAGCUGAUGCUAGAAGAGCAAAUCCGAGGCACUUUGGACCCCACAGUCUUUCCCUUUACCCGGCCUCACACAGACACGGAUGGCGGAAUGGCUGCACAAGAGAUGAUUUCUCAGCAAGCCUCGCUGCGCAGUGCCAAACCUACAUGGGCGCGCACCCGAUCUGUCGAUCAGCCUCGUCAGCGCAUGAUCGUCUUCAUGGCCGGAGGUGCCACCCACGGCGAGGCGCGUUCCUGCUACGAAGUCUCGCAAACCUAUGGUCGUGAUGUGUUCCUGGCCACCACCCAUAUGCUGACGCCCGGACUCUUCCUGCGUCAAGUGGGUGACCUGAGUAUGGACAAGCGCCGCCUUGAUAUUCCGGCUGAGCGACCCAAGCCCAAGGCCCCGGAUCACCUCUUCGAGCGCGAGGCACCUCCUGCACCAACACCUCCGCUACAGAAGAAGACGGUAACCCCGGCGCAUCUGAACCCACCUGCACCCCCGGAGGCGCUCAUGGCAAACAUGUCUCUUGGACCGAAUGGGUUGAACAAAUCGAGUGGGACUCCCCCGCCUGGUGGAAAACUCCAUAAGAAGGAUAAGGACAAGAAAGACAAGGACAAGGAUUCGAAGAAGAAGCUGGGAUACCGGUUCUUCAAGUAG